GACGCUGGCGACGGGCUUCAGUCCUCCCAUCGAAUGCUGAGCUUCAGCGAUGCGCUGCUGUCCAUCAUUGCCACGGUCAUGAUCCUGCCUGUGACCCACACGAAGAUCUACCCGGAAGAGCAGUUUGACACGAACAUACAGAAGCUUCUAGCAACCAAAAUCGCUGUGUACCUGAUGACAUUUCUGCUCGUGACUGUGGCGUGGACGGCGCACAUCAGAUUGUUCCAGGUCGUGGGGAAAACAGAUGACACGCUUGCCCUGCUCAAUCUGGCCUGCAUGAUGACUAUCACCUUCCUGCCAUACACAUUUUCCCUAAUGGUCACCUUCCCUGACGUGCCACUGGGCAUCUUCUUGUUCUGCGUGUGCGUGAUCGCCAUCGGGCUGGUUCAGGCGGUGAUCGUGGGGUACGCCUUCCACUACCCACACCUCCUGAACCAGCAGAUCGCGCGCUCUGCCCACAAGGCUGCCUUCCGCCAGCACGUUCUGUCCAUCGUCCUCCGCGGGCCGACCCUGUGCUUCUUUGCCGCCCUCUUCUCCAUGUUUUUCUUCCCUCUGUCGUACCUGUUGAUGGUGACCGUCAUCUUCCUGCCAUACAUCAACAAGGCCGCUGCCUGGUUCAAGAACAGGAUCAUGGGCCCAGGAGAACCUGCGGUCCAGAGCCUGGAGUUCUUCACCUUCGACCUGCACGAACCGCUCAGCAAGGAGCGUGUGGAGGCCUUCAGCGACGGCGUCUAUGCCAUUGUGGCCACCCUCCUCAUCCUGGACAUCUGUGAGGACAACGUCCCGGAGCCCAAGGACGUGGAGGGACAGUUUAACGGCAGCCUCAUCGCAGCCCUGGGCGCCUUCGGGCCACACUUCCUGGCGUACUUCGGCUCCUUUGCCACGGUGGGCCUGCUCUGGUUCGCCCACCACUCGCUCUUCCUGCAUGUGCGCCGGGCCACGCGGGCCAUGGGCCUGCUCAACACGCUGGCGCUGGCCUUUGUAGGCGGCCUGCCGCUGGCCUACCAGCGGACCUCGGCUUUGGCACAGCAGCCCCGAGAGGAGCUGGAGAGCAUCCGCGUCAGCUGCGUCAUCAUUUUCUUCGCCAGCAUCUUCCAGUUCGCCACGUGGACCGCAGCCCUGCUAUGCGAGAGGGAGGCUCUGCACCCGUCGGCGCGUUUCGGGGGCCGGGAGCAUGCGCUCAUGUUUGCCAAGCUGGCCCUGUACCCCUGUGCCAGCCUGCUGGCCUUCGCCUCCACCUGCUUCCUGCGCCGUUUCAGCACUGCCAUCUUCCACCUCAUGCAGGUGGCUGUGCCCUUCGCCUUCCUGCUUCUGCGCCUGCUCCUACGCCUGGCCUUGGCUGUCCUGUGCGCCCUGCGGCGUCUCCGCCAGCCAGCACCCCAACCCGGCGACCAGGGCUCGGCAGAGGCGCAGUCCCAGCUCCUCUCGGCUCCCUGCUAG